UUACCAUUUCCUCUUUCUUGGGGCUCAGCGUAAUAGAGGAACAAGGAGUCUCGUGCCUGUUAUAUUAAGUUUUUCUAAAAUGUUUUCCUAAAUAAGGUGCAUUUAGACCUCAUAUCCUAUCACUGUAUUUCGACAGAUUCCAGGUGGAAAAGUGGAAAACGGCUAGCAAACCAUUUUUCACGCAUCCUGCAGAUUUCUGCGCACCAACAUGGCUUCGUCGAUUGACUACGAUGCGACUUCUGUAAUAGCUCUAAACUAUUCUGUUCGAAGAAAACUGGCACUAUAUUUAAAUCCAACAAACACCGUGGCAGCAAAUUGGACUGACGUUGCCGAAAGAAUGGGAUUUUCUUAUCUGGAGAUAAGGAACUACGAACGACUGGAAAAUCCCACUCAAAAACUUUUAGAAGAAUGGCAAACUCGACCAGACGCCACAGUUGGAAAUCUGUUGCGUUUCCUUCAUGAGGUUGAAAGGAAUGAUAUUAUUUCAGAGCUGCGACACCUUAUAGAUGAGGAUUGCCGGAGGUAUUUGGAAAGGCAAGUUCAAGUCCCAGAGGUGGACAGUAGGCAAGAUCAAGGCAUCACAGUGCAUGAUGAUCUCAUGCCGGAGCAGUUUGACGCCUUUAUUUGCUACUGCAAGAAUGACUUGCAGUUUGUGCACGAGAUGAUCAAACACUUAGAGCAAACUGAAUACAAGCUCAAGCUGUGUGUGUUUGACCGAGAUGUUCUUCCUGGCACGUGCGUGUGGACCAUCACCAGCGAACUCAUUGAGAAGAGGUGUAAGAAGAUGGUGGUGGUCAUAUCUGAUGAUUACCUGGACAGUGAUGCCUGUGAUUUUCAGACUAAAUUUGCCCUCAGCCUUUGCCCAGGUGCUCGUACGAAACGACUGAUUCCUGUGGUAUACAAGCCCAUGAAGAGGCCUUUUCCCAGCAUUCUCCGCUUCCUGACUGUCUGUGACUACACCAGACCUUGUACACAGUCCUGGUUCUGGAAUCGGUUGGCCAAAGCCCUCUAUGUACCCUAACCACUACAAAUGUCUUACAUCUAACCCUGUGGUUAUAAGGGGACCCCCACACUGGCUUCUAGAGAACAGGAUGGGGAAUAAUUUUCACAGUUGUUUACAUGAAAAGCUUUCCCAAAUGUCUGAACUGUGUUUUGAACAUUAUUUUAAUGCAGAGUCACAAAAAAGAUCAUUUUAUAUUAUAGUGCCUCCUGCAAUCACACUUUAGCAAUAGCAUUAGUUUGGUAAAAAUAAAAAAUGAAUAAAAUAGAAUAGGCUGACCAUAAUCUGCUCUUUCUCAUGUGGUUCUGUGUACAGCAUCAUAAGACAGUAUAAUAGCAGGGGCACAAAUACUGAGUCCUGGGUAAUGAGUGUGCAGUUCAGGGGGAGUGUGCAGUGUUCAUAACUCUUGCUUCUUUUAGUACUUUUUUAGGGGUUGUGGCUGCUGCGGUUUUGUAUUACGGGGGCUGGUUAUCGGGAGCAGUGGAACAAUGCUUGCGUGUUCUUAUUGGUUGCAGGUUGAAUGAUUUUUUAUAUCGGCACCACUGAAAUGUUAUUUUUUUCUGAUUAUUUAUGUAUUUAAUGAAUAUCAAAGGUGUUUUGCACAAUUUACUUUCCAUCUCAUUUCACCCCUUAUUUCAAUGAAUUAAUGUACUUUUUUAAACUUCACAUACAAUAAAAUAUUCAAAUUCACA